AUGGAAGUUGCGCAAGUGUUUCACAUGAACAAGGGAGCUGGUGAAACUAGCUACGCUAAGAACUCCAGCGUGCAGAGCAAGAUAAUAUCCAUCGCAGCGCCAGUUACCGAGGAAGCCAUAAUUCAAGUGUUGAUCACAAAUUGGCCGGAGAGCAUGGGCAUUGCCGACUUGGGUUGCUCGUCCGGACCCAACGCCUUAUCAGUGAUCUCAGAGAUAAUAGAUGUCAUAUAUUCCAAAUGCUGCCACCUGGGUCGCCCUCCGCCGGAGCUCAGAAUCUCCUUGAAUGAUCUUUAUAGCAAUGAUUUCAAUGACAUCUUUGUCUCCUUGCCAGCUUUCUACAACAAAAAGAAGGAAAAUAUGGGUACCGGCGGUCUUGGGGCCUGUUUCAUUUCCGGUGUGCCGGGUUCUUUCUACGGUAGAUUGUUUCCGAGCAAGAGCCUGCACUUUGUGCACUCUUCCUCCAGCCUUCAUUGGCUCUCCCAGGUACCUCCUAGGCUGGACAGCAAGGCUAGCGUGGCUAUAAACAAGGGGAAGGUUUACAUAUCUAAGAGCAGCCCACAAAGCGUCUUAGACUCAUACUCUCAGCAAUUCCACAAGGAUUUUUCUGUGUUUCUGAAAUCACGUUCGGAAGAAGUAGUUCUGGGAGGACGUAUUGUGUUGUCGUUGAUGGGAAGAAGUUCUAUGGAUCCUACAACUGAAGAAAGUUGCCAUCACUGGGAACUUCUUGCACAUGCACUCAUGAGCAUGGUCUCAGAGGGUCUAAUCCCAGAGGAAAAGGUUGAUACUUUCAACGCCCCCUACUACGCUCCAUGUGCUGAAGAAGUAAGGUUAGAGAUACAGAAAGAGGGAUCAUUCAUCAUGGACCGCCAGGAAGCGUUUGAGAUUGAUUGGGACGGAGGCGUAGACGUGUGCAACACAAUUGAAACAAUAUCAAGUGGGCAGCGCGUGGCGAAGACGAUACGGGCGGUGGUUGAGUCAAUGCUGGAAUCUCAUUUUGGAAGAGAAAUAAUGGACGAUUUGUUUCGAAGGUAUGCAAAGAUGGUUGACAAUCACCUGUCGAAGACAAGAACCAAGUACAUAAACUUGGUCGUUUCGUUUAUAAGGGUUGAUAAAAUAGAGGGAUAG